AUGAGUCGGAGGAGGAUAUCGUGUAAAGAUCUGGGCCACGCUGACUGCCAGGGUUGGCUGUACAAGAAAAAGGAAAAGGGAACUUUCCUAAGCAACAAAUGGAAAAAGUUCUGGGUGGUGCUGAAGGGGUCAUCGCUGUACUGGUACAGCAAUCAAAUGGCAGAGAAAGCUGACGGAUUUGUCAACCUGCCAGAUUUCACAGUGGAAAGAGCCUCUGAAUGCAAGAAAAAACAUGCAUUCAAGAUCAACCACCCACAGAUCAAAGCCUUCUACUUUGCAGCAGAGAAUUUGCAGGAAAUGAAUGUGUGGUUAAACAAACUUGGAUUUGCAGUCAUCCACCAGGAGUCCACUACAAAGGAUGAAGAAUGUUACAGUGAGAGUGAGCAGGAAGAUCCUGAAACAGCCUCGGAGACGCCACCCCCUCCAUGUGCUUCCGCAACUUCCUCUCCUGUGGUACGAGUAGAUGCUGCACGGCGGGCGUCAUCUUCUUCACCUAAACUGAGAGACUCAUCGUGCUCUUUCUCCUCCCUGGAAAAUGCAGUAAAGGCUCCCAGCCCAUUUUCUUCCUCGGGAUCUAAAGAAAGACAGUCCUGGAACAACCUAGUUAACAAUGCGCCUGUUGCUGAAGAUGUGGGGCAUCCUCUGGCAUUUACUGUUCAGGUCCAUACACCUGCAUGCUCAGAGGCAAGCAAUUGGCAGGCCCCAGAAAAUAGCUCUGUCACCUCAGAAAGUGGAUUUUUGAACUCUUUAUCUAGUGACGACACUUCUUCACUGAGCAACAAUCAAGAUCAUCUGACAGUCCCAGACAGAGCUUCUGGAUCAAAGAUGGUGGACAGAGAAGAAAUAAAAGUGUCUGAAGAUGAUGAGAUGGAGAAACUCUACAAAUCAUUGGAGCAAGCUAGUCUGUCUCCUCUCGGGGACAGGCGACCUUCAACCAAGAAGGAAUUGAGAAAGUCUUUUGUGAAGCGUUGCAAAAACCCAUCCAUCAAUGAGAAGCGGGCUGGCCUGCUGGCUUCCAGGGACUCUCCUGCCUCUGUUUCCCAACUCACUCUAGAAACACUGUGCAAAGAACAUGAUCUGGCCAUGAUCAACCAACUGCUGGAUGAUCCUAAGCUGACAGCCAGGAAGUACAGAGAGUGGAAGGUCAUGAACACACUGCUGAUCCAGGACAUCUAUCAUCAGCAGCAGGUACCUCAGGACCCUGAAGUUGCCUCCCAGGAACUCAAGAACCCCAGCUCUUCUGACUGUGUUGAGAAUUCUCUUUGAGCAGAAACCAGGACUGCUCCCUUCCUUGUGACAGUGCCGUCCAAACCCAGUUCCUGAGGCAUCAUCCCUCCCUGCUAAGGACAAAGCCAGGGAGAAGCCAGUUCUGAUGCAGUGGAGUCCCGGCUUCCGUGUGUUGUGUUCAUCAAUAUUGGAGUUGUGGAGUUCAUCUGAGCAGGCCUAUCUUCUGUGCUCCCACUAGGAGCUGGAAGGAAUGCUAGGCUCUAGGUGAGAUGUCUAAGGGGUAACCCCUCCUUUGCUUUCAAGAGAAUUACAUUCUACCACAGACAGAAGGCCUGAUUUUUACCAGGGAUAAUAAUUCAUAGGAACAUUCCGUUUUGCAAAAGAAACAUGUAGAAUCCCUUUUGGUGGGCUGCAGAACUCUAUAAAACAUUUCAAGUGGAAGCAUUUCUCUCGCAGUAGUUUUUGGAGCUGAACAUGUGUUAGCAAUUGUGGAACACAAGGCUCUUCUUGUCUUUGGUACAGAGAGCAGUGCCUUUUCAACUUGUUGAGCACUUAUUUGAAGAGUCUACCCUAGUGGGAUAGAGAGUGGGGAGUCCAGGGAAAAGGCAUGCUUUCUGUUCCACUCAGAGGACAUCUUCUUAUGUGCAUGCUUUGCCUAGGGUGGGGAAUCUGAUUAAGGUGGCCCUGCCUCACAAUGUCUAGGAGACAGACUAUGCAUGACAGUUGGAGACCUUUGUCCUCCACCCCAGCUUCUCUGAAUAGUGGUAGGAGAUAGUAAUCCCCACUGCAAGGGAUGGCAUACUGUGUUCA